AUAGCUUUUAAAACCUCUCAAGUCUCAACCCACACAUUCAAAACCCUCUACAGUAACAUUAGUCUGCAGCUUGCACCACUCACAAAACGAAUGGCAUCACAAAAUCAUCAUCAUCAUGACCACCACCAUGAUCAUGAGCACAACCAUCAUCAUGACCAGAAUGAGUCAGGAUCAACAACCUUUGUUGGGAAAGAUGGAAAGGUGUACCAUAGCCAUGAUGGCCUAGCCCCACAUUCACAUCAACCCAUUUACUCACCGGGAUUCUUUAACAGAAGGGCACCUCCGAUUGUUACUAGGGAUUUCAAUGAAAGGGCUUUCACCAUUGGUAUUGGUGGCCCUGUUGGUACUGGAAAAACAGCUUUGAUGUUAGCACUCUGCAGAUUUUUGCGUGACAAAUACAGUCUAGCUGCGGUUACAAAUGAUAUAUUCACCAAAGAGGAUGGUGAAUUUUUGGUGAAAAAUGGAGCACUCCCAGAAGAAAGAAUACGUGCUGUGGAGACAGGAGGCUGUCCACAUGCUGCUAUUAGAGAAGAUAUAAGCAUUAAUCUUGGCCCUCUUGAGGAGCUUUCUAAUCUGUACAAAGCAGAUAUACUUCUUUGUGAAUCCGGGGGAGAUAAUCUAGCUGCCAACUUCAGUAGGGAACUUGCUGACUACAUAAUCUAUAUCAUAGAUGUUUCUGGUGGCGAUAAAAUUCCCCGAAAAGGAGGCCCUGGCAUCACUCAAGCUGACCUUCUUGUUAUAAACAAGACUGACCUUGCUGCAGCAGUUGGGGCUGAUUUGGCAGUCAUGGAGCGUGAUGCACUCCGAAUGCGCGAUGGUGGACCAUUUGUAUUUGCCCAGGUGAAACAUGGGGUUGGCGUGGAAGAAAUAGUAAACAACAUCUUGCAAGCUUGGGAAUCAACAACAGGAUCUAAACGCCAUUGAUGCUGUUCAAUUUUCUGAUGUUGCAUUAAUGUCAAUCUCUAGGGUCGUAGCAUGGCAUUAGACUCGCUCAAUUUGAAUCUUCUGAGUUUUGUUUGCAAGACUAAAUGUGAAUGUUGUUGCUUUGUUCUGUAUACCUUGAGAUGGAUGGAAGUAUGGAACUCAUAAGCUUAAUAAAUAGUAUAAAAAUUGUUAUUGGCCUUUAGCCCUUUAUAACUA